AUGGAUAAAGCUUCAGGAAGUAAAAACACUGAUUCUAAAUCAUCAAAACGUCGACAUGAUAGUGAAAGUGUAAUGGAGGUUGAGACUGUCAAUGGUAUUGAAGGCAAAGCUAAAAAUAAAAGCUCAACAAAACGUACUAAAAAUGUUGCUGGAAAUGAACAACGUAAGGUAUCCCACCGUUACACUCCAUUAAAAGAAAGCUGGGAAAAGAUCUUCACCCCAGUAGUAGAGCACCUGCAAUUACAAAUCCGAUUUAAUUUAAAAUCGCGAAACGUCGAGCUUAGAACAAGCCCCGAGACUCCAGACAUAUCGAAUCUGCAAAAAGGAGCAGAUUUUGUCAAAGCCUUCGUCUUGGGAUUCGAAGUCGAGGACGCACUAGCGCUGCUGAGGCUGGACGAUCUCUUUGUCGAGACCUUUGAGGUCCAGGACGUGAAGCCUCUGAAAGGCGACCAUCUGUCUCGAGCGAUUGGACGCUUGGCUGGCAAGGGUGGCCGUACCAAGUUCACUAUCGAAAACGUCACUCGCACGCGAAUUGUCCUCGCGGACUGCAAAGUUCACAUUUUAGGAUCUUUCCAAAAUAUUCAGAUCGCGCGACGCGCGAUCUGUAAUUUGAUCCUUGGCUCGCCGCCUUCUAAAGUCUACGGGCAGUUGAGAAAUGUUUCCUCCAGAAUUUCUGAACGUUUUUGA